AUGUCGAAUAAUUCUGCUGCAUCUGUAUCUUCACUAGCAAACAGCACCAGUAACUUGAACCUCUCAACUAACAACGCUGCCACCACCAACAAUGGCAACAAUAGUACAACAAAUAUUCCAUCUCAUAAUAGCAAUUCAUCACUUGUAGUCAAUGGCAGUAAUCCCUCUAAUAAUGGUGGUUCUUCCAGUCAUACAAAUACAGUUCAUUCUUCCAAUAAUCAUUCCACUACUCAUUCUGCUAGUGGUCAUACCACCAGUCAUCCUACCACUCAUUCCCAUACUGCCACAACGCAUUCGCCUACCUCUGGGUCGAGCUCUCUUCAGAAUUCUACUGCCAACCGAUCACGGUCUAGAACGCUUUCACAGAAUCUUUCGCAGAAUCACCACAACAGCAGCAGCAGCAAUAGCAACACUCAGUAUUUUGCACAAGAAAGAGCGUACUUGCGUAAAAUGAAGAAUCAACUCGUAGACGACUACUACACCAAAGGAAUCACUGGAGCAGAUGAAGAUGCUAAGGAUAACGACAUCAACGAUGAUGAUGAAGAAGAUGAUGAUGAAAAUGAAAGUGGGAAUACGAACUUAUUAACAGACCUAGAUGACGACAAAUACCAGAUUGAUUUUUCCCAAGCUUUCCUGAUGAUCAAGAGUACCAACGCAAAUUUCAAUAUCAACCCUAACAAGAACGUAACACAACUUAGUCUUGAUGAAGCAGAUGACCCGGCAGUAAUAGAAAGACUAGAAUGGCAGGCCAUGUUGACAUCUGUUCUUACAGGAGAUGUUGUGAGGUCGGAAAAGACCAAGAUCAUUAACAACAAUAACCCAGAGAAUGCCCAAGAGUCCUUUUUGCAUGCAACCUAUAAGGAAAGUUUGUGGUUUGGUAUCAGAGCAAAGAUAUAUAAUAGAACGGAAGACGACCAAAGGAAGAUCAUUGGAUAUAGAAGGACGUUAGUAGAUCAAUUCGUGGAAGAUGUUAUGAACUUUGAGGUCAGCUACGAAGACCCCGUCAACAAUCCUACGAGAAGCCAAGUUGUGAGGAUAAUAGAAAGAUACGAUGCAGCUUGUGGACUCUGGAGAACACUAGAGGAGAUGAAGAACGACAAACCAGCUUGUAGAACAGAAGCAUUUGUUAAUCGCAUAGAUGCCCUCAAUGCUUGGCUCACCAUCACAGAUGCUAUAGCUAGAGAAGCCAAUUCCUUGCGGAUAUGGAUCGGUAAUGAUGAGUUGGAUAUCAGCAAGAGUCCAGCUGAGAGUUGCACUGCUACAACUGCACCAAAUUCAACAUCAAAUCCUGCUAGUGCUUCUGGAAGCAACAAGCUAGUCAAAAAGAUUUUUGAUGAGGAUGACAAGUCGUUGGCAGAACGUUUAAUGAAAGAAAAAGAUGUACAUACUAUAUUCCGAAAGCGUAUCUUCAAGCCGAUAGCGCCAUGGAUGAUCAAGUCUAAGGAAACAUAUAUUCGACUAGGACACAUGUUUGAAACCAUGAAGCUUCCUGAUUACAUCCAUGAUUUGAUUCAAAUAUGUAUUAUACCGAUGAAGUUGAUCAAAGAAAUAAUCAAUGUCAGACUUGGAUAUGCCAUGAAGUUGCAGAACCCAACGUUGAUGAUGAUCGACCAGAUGAUAGAUGAUUUCAAAUCCUACAUCACCAUUGCUUUAGAAGUCAAACUGGGAAUCCAAGAGUACUGUAAGCCAGAUGCUGGGAAGACGUGGAUCCUUGGUGAUCUCUUCGAAGGAGAAAACCUGGAUUUCGACCAGGUUGUCCUUCGCUGUGUGCGAUACUUCUUGGUUUUGUUGAACAGAAAGUUACUUGAUAGUUCCAGAUCACCUACGACGUUCAGAACUUUCAAAGAACCAGAGGAAUUGGAGGAAGCCUGGAACUUUUUGAAGUUGCUUGGUAAUUUUAUCGAUGGUGGCAGUGUAGUUGUAGCAGAGCAAAUCACGUUACUAACUUCCAAAUUGAUUCAUCGUUUGUUGUCGUAUUUCAACAACCAGAUCAGAUCUCCACCUUCUGGUUCAGCUUCUGAAAUGAUCAGAUGGUACAGUUCAACUACCGAGAAUUUCGGACAAUUGCGCCGUAAAUUGGCGAGAUUUACUGGUGAAAUCUCGCGAGACUUCACAAAUUCGUUGGUUUUCGAUCUUCCUUCCUCUCCCAAUAACUUGACAAAGAACAUAUUGGAAGCAUUAAAAGCUACUAACCACUUCUUGGUGUACACUGGUACCGUUGAAGGUCAGGGUAUCUAUUUCUUUGCCAGCUCUGAGUUGUACGGUAAUGAACAAGAAAUUUUGAAGAUAAUUAAUGGUUCCUAUAUCGGAUUGGAUCCUAACGAAACGAAUGUCGAGUUUUCCGUCUUGUUGAACAUGAUCCAAAGCAAAGAAAUCGAUGAGAACUACCUUUCUCAGCCAAUACCAUCCCAGUCAAGUGAUUUUGCAUAUGUAUUAGCUCUUUGUCCACCUAAACCAAUUGUGUGGGAAGGGAAUGUAGUUACAGUCAAGAUAGGUGAAGUUCCAAUUACAGACGUGAAAACGGGCCAAAUGCAUUUGAUCACAAAGUUGCCAUACUACAGUUUACACAUCGUGAGAGAAAAGUUCCUAGACAUCGUCAGUGGAGUGAUGAUAGUAGGUGGUACGAUGAAGCCUAUAGAACAACGGUGCUCCUUAGCUCGUGUUCACCAUGAAUUGACUAAGAUCAAUAGAGCCUUCUUCCGGAUGUGCUUGUCAGUAUUAGAUUCUGUGAAGAUUGUUCGAGAAAAAUGUAAGGAGUGCUGUCCGAAAGGAGAUUGUCAGGCUCUUCUAAACAAUUUUUUUGUCUAUGCUAGGGACUAUGGUAAGAAUUCUGUCAAGAACUUGGAUUCUUCACGGAAGUCGACUGUUAUCAUGAAGUUGAUCCAACUCUCAAUUGAAUGGGUUAGUUUUAUUUGUGAUGACUGUAUUCCUACUGACAGGAAGACUUUUAGAUGGUGUGUUUUGGCACUUGAAUUCGCCAUGGACAUGACCAGAGGUUUCAAUGUCUUGGUUUUAAGCGAUGAACAAUUCUACACGUUAAAAUUGAAGGUUGCUCGUUGUAUGUCGUUGCUUAUUUCCCAUUUCGAUAUCAUGGGUGCCAGAUCGAGUGAAGCAGAAAGAACUAGACUAUUGAAAUGGACUUCACAAAAACAUAAAAUUGAAAACAGUGCAGAUGACGAGUACAUCCUCAAGAUGUAUAAGGACGAUUUGGCUAAGCAAAUCGAUGAGAUUGAAGAGUAUAGAAUGGAAUUACAAGAACAAUUGCAAUCGGUUGGUAGAGUAUUGGAUGUCACUGAUCUGGAAUACCAGUUCGUCACAUUGUUGGCUUCUUCCUUUUCUAGUGUUUCCAUUAGAUGGCAGAAGGGUAGGUUUAUUGGCGGCGGAACCUUUGGUCAAGUUUUUGCCUCGGUUAAUUUAGAUACCGGUGGUGUCAUGGCUGUCAAGGAGAUCAGAUUCCACGAUAGUCAAUCGAUCAAGAACAUUGUCCCAUCCAUUAGGGACGAAAUGACAGUCUUGGAAAUGUUGAAUCAUCCAAACGUUGUUCAAUACUUCGGUGUAGAAGUUCAUCGUGACAAGGUGUACAUUUUCAUGGAGUUCUGUGAAGGUGGGUCACUUUCUGGAUUGUUGACUCAUGGCCGUAUCGAAGAUGAAAUGGUGAUUCAAGUUUAUACUUUGCAGAUGCUAGAAGGCUUAGCCUAUUUGCAUCAGUCGGGUGUUGUACAUCGCGAUAUCAAGCCUGAAAAUAUUCUUUUGGAUCACAACGGUGUUAUAAAGUUUGUAGACUUUGGUGCCGCUAAGGUAAUUGCUACUAGUGGAAGAACCAGAGCUCCAGGAGUGAGUUCAAUUGGAACAAGACUGUCCAAUAGUUCUAACCAAAACUUGAAUUCUAUGACUGGUACGCCUAUGUACAUGUCCCCUGAAGUCAUCACGGGAUCUUCUAGUGACAGAAACGGGGUGGUAGAUAUCUGGUCGUUAGGAUGUUGUGUUCUAGAAAUGGCAACAGGUAGAAGGCCAUGGUCCAACUUGGAUAACGAAUGGGCUAUAAUGUACCACAUAGCAGCUGGCCACAAACCUCAAUUACCAUCCCCUGACCAAUUGAGCGAAGCUGGACGCAAGUUCUUAUCCAGAUGUCUUGAGCACGACCCCAAGAAGAGACCAAGUGCAAUUGAGCUUCUUAGCGAUCCCUGGAUUGUUUCCAUCAGACAAGCAGCUUUUGGAACAUCUUCUGAGGUUGGAACUACACCUUCCUCCGAGAUCAGCUUUGAUCCUAUCCAAUGA